UACUGAGAUGAAUGUAACAUACAUAGCUCUUGCCGGUUAUGUAGAGGUUGAAAAAUAUAAAUAUGUUUACUUUAUUAUCAUGUUUACUAGUUAUAUUUUGAUCCUGUCCAGCAAUGCUAUGGUGGUUUGUCUGGUAGUGAUUCACAAAAACCUCCAUGAGCCCAUGUAUAUUUUUAUUUCUGCUUUGUUGAUUAACUCUAUGCUUUUUAGUACUGCAGUUUACCCAAAGCUUUUGAUAGACUUUUUAUCUGAAAAACAAAUCAUAACGUAUCAGAUGUGUCUCUUUCAGACUUAUUUAUUUUAUUCCUUAAGUGGUUCUGAAUUCCUGCUUUUGGCAGUCAUGUCUUAUGACAGAUAUGUAUCCAUAUGCAAACCUCUGCAAUAUCCCACCAUUAUGAAGAAAAACACAGUGAGUAGUUUUCUUGUUUCAGCUUGGAUUGUACCUGCUUGUCAUAUUUCUGUGGCCAUCAUUCUAUUAGCUCAUUUAAAACUCUGUAGUUUUACUUUGAAAGGUAUGUUUUGCAACAAUUCAAUAAAUUAUCUUCUUUGCGCGGCUUCAAGGGAAUUAAUAGUAUACUGCUCUGUUGUUUUAUUUAAUAUAAGUCUUCUUCCAAUGCUUUUUAUUUUAUUCAGCUACACAAUGAUACUUAAAGUGGCCUACAGAAGUUGUGGGGAAGUAAGGAAAAAAGCUGCACAGACAUGUUUACCUCACCUGAUGGUUUUAAUCAACUAUUCUAGCUUGCUCACUUAUGAUGUGAUUGUUGUUGUACUAGCAUCUGAUAUGUCAAAGAUUCUACGCUUUGUAAUGACAAUGUAUGUAAUAAUGUGUAGUCCUCUAUUUAAUCCAAUAAUAUAUGGCUUCAAAAUGAAAGAAAUUUAUAAACACCUUAUGAGGUUGUUCUACCAAAUUAAGGGAAAGUAAUAUUUUCUUUUUACCUUUUGUUUUUUCUAGACAUUUUCAAUACCACUAACAUGUGUAAAGCUAGAAAAAAAUCCUUUCA